GCCGCGUCAACUUCCGGGCGGGUGCCCGCCAGCACGGCCUCCGCCGCUCCCCUUCUUUGGCCCCUUUGUGUCCCCGCAGUAUCGAGGCGCGGGCCCUGGCACGUCCUUUCUCGAGGCAGGGAGCACCGUAGUGCAGGGAGCCUCUCACUGUGGGCGGGCGCGCGGCCCGCAGGGGGGUUGGAGUGGGGAACGUGCCUGCGCGUGCUGGGGGUGGUGGUUUCUGCCAAUAUGAAUCUUUUCAACUUGGACCGUUUUCGCUUUGAGAAAAGGAGUAAGAUUGAGGAAGUGCCCGAAGCAACCCCUCAACCCACCCAGCCUGGCCCUUCUUCACCAAUUUCUCUUAGUGCUGAAGAGGAGAAUGCUGAAGGGGAAGUUAGCAGGGCAGGCACACCUGAUUCAGAUAUAACUGAAAAAACAGAAGAUUCUAGUGUUCCAGAAACUACAGAAAAUGAAAGAAAAGCUAGUAUAUCAUAUUUCAAGAAUCAAAGAGGAAUACAGUAUAUUGAUUUGUCUUCUGAUAGUGAAGAUAUCGUUUCCCCAAAUUGCUCCAGUACAGUUCAAGAGAAAAAAUUCAACAAAGACACGGUGAUUAUAGUUUCUGAGCCAUCUGAAGAUGAAGAGUCCCAGGGCCUUCCUACAAUGACAGGUAGAAAUACUGAUGAUAUUUCGGAAUUGGAGGACCUUUCGGAAUUGGAAGACCUUAAAGAUGCUAAACUUCAGACCUUGAAGGAACUUUUCCCACAGAGAAGUGACAGUGAUUUACUUAAGUUGAUUGAAUCAACAAGCACUAUGGAUGGAGCAAUUGCUGCCGCCUUGCUGAUGUUUGGUGAUGCAGAAGGUGGUGGACCCAGGAAAAGAAAAUUAUCUUCUUCUUCAGAGCCAUAUGAGGAAGAUGAAUUUAAUGAUGAUCAGUCUAUAAAAAAGAAAAGAUUGGAUCAUGGAGAAGAAUCCAAUGAGUCUGCAGAAUCUAGUAAUAAUUGGGAAAAGCAAGAAAGUAUUGUAUUGAAAUUGCAAAAGGAAUUUCCCAAUUUUGAUAAGCAGGAACUAAGGGAAGUACUGAAGGAACAUGAAUGGAUGUACACAGAAGCAUUAGAAUCUUUAAAAGUGUUUGCAGAAGACCAAGAUAUGCAAUAUGCUUCACAAAGUGAAUUUCCAAAUGGAAAAGAAGCUUCUUCAAGAAGUCAGAAUUACCCUAAAAAUGCAGCUAAAACAAAACUAAAACAGAAAUGUUCCAUGAAACCACAAAAUGGUUUUAACAAGAAACGUAAAAAAAAUGUAUUUAAUCCUAAGAGAGUUAUUGAAGACUCUGAAUAUGAUUCAGGCUCUGAUGUGGGUAGUUCACUAGAUGAGGACUAUAGUAGUGGUGAAGAAGUGAUGGAGGAUGGCUAUAAGGGUAAAAUUCUUCACUUUCUUCAAGAUGCUUCAAUUGGUGAACUUACUUUGAUUCCUCAGUGUUCUCAGAAGAAGGCUCAGAAGAUUACAGAACUCCGGCCCUUUAAUAGUUGGGAAGCUCUGUUCACAAAGAUGUCCAAAACUAAUGGCUUAUCAGAAGAUUUGAUAUGGCAUUGUAAAACACUGAUCCAAGAAAGGGAUGUAGUUAUAAGACUUAUGAACAAAUGUGAAGACAUUUCAAAUAAAUUGACAAAACAAGUUACCAUGCUUACUGGAAAUGGAGGUGGAUGGAACAUAGAGCAGCCCUCCAUUCUGAACCAGAGUUUAUCACUCAAGCCCUAUCAGAAGGUUGGUUUGAAUUGGCUGGCAUUGGUACAUAAACAUGGACUUAAUGGCAUUUUGGCAGAUGAAAUGGGCCUAGGAAAAACUAUUCAAGCCAUUGCAUUCCUGGCAUACCUCUAUCAGGAGGGUAAUAAAGGUCCUCAUUUGAUCGUUGUUCCAGCGUCAACUAUAGAUAACUGGUUAAGAGAAGUUAAUUUAUGGUGCCCCACAUUAAAGGUGCUCUGUUACUAUGGCUCUCAAGAAGAACGUAAGCAGAUUAGAUAUAACAUCCAUAGUAAAUAUGAAGAAUAUAAUGUAAUUGUGACCACGUAUAAUUGUGCAAUCAGCAGUUCUGAUGAUCGUAGUCUUUUUCGACGGCUGAAACUUAAUUAUGCGAUUUUUGAUGAGGGCCAUAUGCUAAAGAAUAUGGGCUCCAUCCGCUACCAGCACCUUAUGACAAUUAAUGCAAAUAACCGUUUGCUGCUCACAGGCACACCUGUACAGAAUAAUCUGUUAGAACUCAUGUCACUGUUGAAUUUUGUUAUGCCACACAUGUUUAGUAGUAGCACCAGUGAAAUACGAAGAAUGUUUUCUUCUAAAACAAAAUCAGCAGAUGAGCAAAGUAUAUAUGAAAAGGAGAGAAUAGCACAUGCGAAACAAAUUAUAAAACCAUUUAUUCUCAGAAGGGUAAAAGAAGAGGUUCUCAAGCAGCUACCCCCCAAGAAAGAUCGAAUUGAAUUGUGUGCAAUGUCAGAGAAACAGGAGCAGCUCUAUUUGGGUCUUUUCAACAGAUUGAAAAAAUCUAUCAAUAACAUGGAAAAAAGCACAGAAAUGUGCAAUGUCAUGAUGCAAUUAAGAAAAAUGGCCAAUCAUCCUUUAUUACAUCGCCAAUAUUACACAGCUGAAAAGCUCAAGGAAAUGUCUCAGCUUAUGCUAAAGGAACCUACACAUUGUGAGGCUAAUCCUGACUUGAUCUUUGAAGAUAUGGAAGUUAUGACAGACUUUGAAUUACAUGUACUUUGUAAACAAUAUCGACAUAUUAAUAACUUCCAGUUAGACAUGGACUUGAUUUUAGAUUCUGGAAAAUUCCGAGUUUUAGGAUGCAUCUUGUCUGAAUUGAAACAGAAGGGUGAUAGAGUUGUAUUAUUUAGCCAAUUUACCAUGAUGCUGGAUAUUUUAGAGGUUCUCUUAAAACAUCAUCAGCAUAGGUACCUCAGAUUAGAUGGGAAGACUCAGAUUUCUGAAAGGAUUCACCUAAUUGACGAGUUUAAUACCGAUAUGGAUAUCUUUGUGUUUCUGCUGUCAACAAAAGCUGGUGGCUUAGGAAUAAACCUCACUUCAGCGAAUGUUGUUAUACUUCAUGAUAUUGACUGUAACCCCUAUAAUGACAAACAAGCAGAAGACAGAUGCCACAGAGUAGGCCAGACUAAGGAAGUACUAGUUAUAAAAUUAAUAAGCCAAGGGACAAUUGAAGAAUCCAUGCUAAAAAUUAACCAACAGAAAUUGAAACUUGAACAAGAUAUGACUACAGUCGAUGAAGGUGACGAAGGGAGUAUGCCAGCAGAUAUAGCCACAUUACUAAAAACGUCAAUGGGCCUGUGAAAUUAAGAAUUGUGAAUUCCUAAUUGAUGAGGAAAUAUCAACUUGGUGCACUCAAGGACAUUUACAUUAUGAUGACCAUGGGGUUUAUGAACAUUUAUAACUUUUUAUAAUUUCCAUAUUACAUUUCUCAUAGUAUGGACAACUUUUUUGCCACUAACUGAAUUCUCCAGAUGCUCACAUGUGAAAUUUCAAAAAAAAACAAAACAGAAAAAAAAAGAAAAAAAAAAACCCACACAAAUAUGUAGUCCUGAAGAUGUUGAAUAAUCAUUUUACAAAACAGUUUUCUGAAUGGGGAUUAGUUGGUGAUUGUUUGUAACAAAUAUGCUAAUGCUUUAGAAAUGUCAGUAUUUUUGUAAUUAUUUCUACCUCCAAAUAUAUAUAUAUUGUCUUUCA